AAUCAUAGAAAUUCUUUUUUCUCCUCUUCUUCUCACUUAUUACUACAGAGAAGCAGCAUCUCCGGUGGAGCAGAGAUAAAAAAAAAAUUUUUCCGAAAUUCCAAUUUCAUUUCCUCUUCUGCAAAAUCAAGAACUGUAAGUUUGAUUUCUUUGGAGGAUUAUUGUUUCAAUUUUUCUCUCUGAAUCUGUUUCAGCAAUAAUUCCGGCAAGUUUGCUUGAAUUUUCGCUUGUUUGGACUCUAGAUUUGGUUUUUUAAGGAGUUUUUUAGAAGUUCUCGGAAAAUCCCAGUAUAUUGUGCUUAAGCUUACUGAGGCAGAGUUGGUUGGAGGAUCACUUGAGUAGAACUCGAAGAAUGGUUUAUAUAUGAAUGAGCUGGGGUGUCCCGAAGCAGAUUAAUAUUCAUAAGAACUUAGCUAGCAAAGAAUCAUACUAAGAUGAGGAAGGAGUAUAUAUCUCGGUUUAGCUUGGUGAAGUUAAUGAGUUUAUGUUCAUUUAAGUUUUCCUCUUUGGUUUUUACUUGAAAAAGAAGUAUUCUUUAAAUAAGAAGUUUAUUUGUGACAAUUUUGUUAGUGUUGCAAAAUCGUGUUAGGUACCACAUAGGCAUAUAUGGCUUAGAUGUAACACCAAGAUUUUGGUGAUUUUAGAAAGCUUCCUUAUAUUGGUAUGUCUGUGUCUUCAAUUGUAUUCUUGUCCUAUGUAACAACUCUUUGACUUUUGUUCAUUUUUUCUUUCCCCCUCAACAGGUGAGGAGCUGAAUAGGCUGUUACAGAUUUUAGUCUCUGAAAGUAUGAAUCCAAAGUCAGAUGGCACAAACCGUACAGAAUCUACUUUAAAUAAGGCUAAUCCAUCAGCAGUUUCUUCUCAACCUUGGUGGUUUGGAAUGGGGCAUGGAGCUACCUCCAUGGAUAUUUUAGGAGAAAGCAGAAACAACUCAUCUCCAAGGGCACAUCCAAACGGAGGGCUAGGGAGUAAAAGCAAUGAAGCACAAGGCAAGCAUGGAGAUGGCAAGAGAAUCCUUUCCAAUAAAGAAAUGCAUUCAAGUGAAUUGUCACAAGCAGAUAUUGGAAAAAGUGGGGAACAGCAGCCACAUAUACAGCAUGUGAUAUCUGUGUUGCCUACAACCGUGGGGGAAUACAUUGCACAACCUACUCAACUAGAGCUUCUUGGCCAUACAAUUGCAUGUCCAUCAUAUCCAUAUUCAGAUCCAUAUUAUGGGGGAGUAGUUACUGCUUAUGGACCUCAACCAUUGGUACAUCCUCAGUGUCUUGGAGCACAUGCGGCUAGAAUGGCUUUGCCUCUUGAAAUGGCAGAGGAACCUGUUUAUGUGAACGCUAAGCAGUACCAUGGAAUUCUGAGAAGGAGACAGUCACGUGCCAAGCUUGAACUGGAAAGGAAACUGAUAAAAGUUAGAAAGCCAUAUCUUCACGAGUCCCGGCAUUUGCAUGCUAUGAGGAGAGCUAGAGGUUGUGGGGGCCGUUUUCUAAAUACAAAAAAGCUUGACAACAACGCUUGUAGUGGGACACCAGACAAAGGCAGUGGCUCAGGUUGCACUCUUUCUAAACAAUCCAUGAACACAUCCUCUACUAAGAAUUCCAUCUCAUCAACCUGUUUUCAAGAAGUACCAGAGCUCCAUGUGCAUGAAAUGCAUUCACAGCAGGCAUUCCCGAACAGCAAUGAUCAUAGGUCCUACCUCCUCCAUCAAGGGUUUCAGCUGUCCACAUCUCAUUCGCGUUCAGAUCACAUGGUUGGAGACUACUCAGGACAGCAGCACGGAAGAAUGGUUGUAACCGGGCUGCCACACAGGGCCCUCACUAUCAAAUGAACCUUCCUUCCAUUGGGCUGAAAAGGUCUCUACAGUGUUGCUUUUGCUUUUCAGGAACUAACGCAAGAGUUUGAUAGCAAAGCUGGACUUGUUUUGGCCCCUUUCAAUCUUGUAACCGCAGUCAUGUCUUGAGCUCACAGGCAAAUCAUUCUUGGCUCUAUCUUUAUGUAGAGAGAGAAGGAAGGAAAUGGCACCACCAUUGGCUUCUGAACUUCUGCUAUUAUUUUCAUCAGUUUAGUUUCUUUCAAUGUAUAAAAUAAUGACGAUAGCAUUUUGUGCAAUAAGUUUGAACAUUAAAACAUACUAAACUUGUUUGUGCUCCACGUUCGGUAAAAGAAGUGUUGUGCAGUUUAGUGUACAUAAACUAUUAAUUGGGGUGUCUUUUAAUAUUUGUGGUUAAAUUUUUAUUAAUAAUUUUUAUUUUGUAAU